UGCACUGUGUCUCUCAGACACAGCGGAUCACCGAUCAACGGAAAGAGCCAAAGACGUCGGCUCUGUCGUGUGAUCAGCUGUGUCCAAUCACAGCUGAUCACAUGGGACAUGUACACUGAUCAUCAGGGCACUGAUGAUCAGUGUGCCCUGAUGAUCAGUGUAGCCCCAUCAGUGCCAGCUGUCAGUGCCACAUCAAUGCCACAUCUCAGUGCCUACCAGUGCACAUCAAUGUCACAUAUCAGUGCCCAUCUGAGCUGCCUUUCCGUGCUGCCUAACAGUGCCAGUCAGUGCCGCCUAACAGUGUCAGUCAGUGCCGCCUAUCGGUGCCAUAUAUGAGUGCUGCCUUUCAGUGCCCAUCAGUGAUGCCUGUCAAUGCCCAUCAGUGUCACCUACCAGUGCCUCCUCAUCAGUGCCCAUCACUGCAGCCUCAUUAGCGCACAUCAGUCAAGGAGAAAGAUCACUUAUUUACAAAAUUUCUUAACAGAAACUAAGGAAAAACUUUUUUUUUUUUCAAAAUUUUCAGUGGUUUUUGGUUUGUUUAG